AAUUACAAACUUAUGAUAUGAAAAUUUCGCAAACCUCCUCAAAACCCUGAAAGGAUAGUAAGAAAGCCUGCUGCUGGGAACUGCGGUUCUUCACUUGUUUUCUUCUUCCCAUCAGCAAAUCGACGACUCCACCACUCUAGGAAAGUCACUCCCCAACGAAGAGCCUGUCUGAAAAUCGCUUCUAUCUCAUCCCCGUUGUCUGAUGAACUAGUUAAGGGAAAGCCAUCCGCCGCUACAGCAGCUCCCGCAUGGUCCCUUAAGAGGAAGCCCGCCGAUGAUCUGCCAUUCAGCCUGAAAACCGCCCAACUGAAGAUUCUGAUUAUAGUUUGCAAUGAAACCCUUCAAAGUUUUGAAAGUAUUGAGCUUAUCAGCAUCACACAAGCCCCGCAUACCCCGUUUCAAUUCACAUGUUUUCCGUCAAUUUUACUCAGCCCAACCUCAAGAAACUGACCACUCCUCGGCCUCCGCAGUCCCUUCUUCAUCUUCCUCAGAAGAAGACGAAUUUUGUUCUUCAGAUGUUUUCGAUAGCUCGGAUUAUGCACUGGAUUCGGAUGUAACGGAUAAUUUGGAGAGCAAUGUUGGCCCUCAACCCACUUGGGAUGAGAAGUACAGGAAUGAAGCAAGGAGGAGAUUGUUUGGGGAAGAUAUUCCCCAGGUGAGUACUUCAAGAGUUUUCCUGAAGGAAGAAGAGAAGAGGAGGAGAGCUGCUGCUCUUGCCAAGAACCUCCUUGAGGCUGUUAAUAGGCGGGUUGUGAAGGAAGGUGAGGCGCAGGAGGAUGGGGGGUUGGUGAAGGAGGAGGAUCAGAAAUCUCUGUCUGUUGGGAUUAUUGGGGCUCCUAAUGCUGGAAAAUCCUCUCUUACCAAUUCCAUUGUUGGGACCAAAGUUGCUGCAGUUUCUCGCAAGAUCAAUACUACGACACAUGAAGUGUUGGGAGUGAUGACCGAAGGAGACACACAAAUUUGUUUCUUUGAUACUCCAGGUCUGUUGCUAAAGAAAACUGGUUUCCCUCAUAAAGAUAUGAAAGCGCGUGUUCAGAGUGCAUGGCGUUCUGUUAGUCUUUACGAUGUACUCGUUGUCAUAUUUGAUGUUCAUAGACACCUUACCAAGCCUGAUCAGAGAGUAGUGAAAUUGAUUGAACGGAUGGGCUCUGAAGUUGGCCAAAAGCAAAAGCGUGUCUUGUGCAUGAACAAAGUUGAUUUGGUUAACAAAAAGAAAGAUUUAUUGAAGGUUACUGAGGAAUUCAAACAUCUUCCUGGAUAUGACGAGCAUUUUAUGAUAUCUGGGCUAAAGGGAUCAGGGGUGAAAGAUUUAACGCAAUACUUGAUGAAGCAGGCAAUCAAAAAACCAUGGGAUGAAAUACCAUUUGUCAUGAGUGACGAAGUUAUGAAGAACAUAGCAAUGGAAAUUGUUAGAGAAAAGCUGUUAGAUAAUGUGCAUCAGGAAAUCCCUUACGGCAUUGAUCAUCGACUAGUUGACUGGAAAGAAUUACGAGACGGUUCUCUCAGAAUUGAGCAGCACUUAAUAACACCAAAGAUUAGCCAACGCAAGAUUCUUGUCGGAAAGAAGGGUUCCAAAAUUGGGAAGAUCGGGAUUGAUGCAAACGAAGAGUUGAGAUUGAUAUUCAGGAGGAAUGUUCACCUUGUCCUCAUGGUGAGAGUUAAACAAUGACCUCAAACAUAAAAAAAAAAAAGAACAAGUGGCGAUUCACUUAUAUAUAUACUUAGAGAAAGCUGCUGCUUCUGCCAACAUGAUCAACUGAGCAUGGAGAGUUUAGGGUUGAAGGAAGAAGCAAAGAAACAUCCCACAUCUCUGUAUACUAUGCCCAUCCACUAAGCUCCUACCCACACAACAUGUAGAAGCUCUGGAAUUCUUUCAAUCUAUUUGAAGUGCUGCCUUUUUCUUCUUUUAUUUCUGGAAAUUUUGGAAAUUCAUAGAGGAAUGGAUCAAUCAAUGCAGGGUUAGUAUCUAAAUGAAGGAUGAACUCUGCUUCAUUCCUCUUUCGUCCAUUACUGAAGCAGUUCUUUCUUGUUUAUUCACUCUUAUAAAUAGUUAUUGACCAGUAAUAAAUAUUUUUGGUAAUGUUAAAUUGGCGGUUUGACUUUGCUUAUCUGGAUUUUGCACCAUUUAUUCAGCAUACCAAUACAAGAUUCCUCCAUUUCUUGGAUCUUGAUUCUUGACUAUUUA